AUGACAACGGUGGCCAAGGAGAUCCUGAUGGCACUGAUCCAUGUCCUGGAGGAGGUGAGGCGGUGGCAAUCCAGAACCGAAGGCAGGUACUUCCGUGCCAAGGCAGAUGCCACAGCCUACCCUACUCUUAGAUCCAACAAGGAGUUUGACACUUGGUAUGAGGCUUUCAUCGUCAUAGCCAGAGCACAAGGCUUCUACAAGGUCUUCGACACUGAAUAUGUUCCCAUGACUGCCGAGUACUUUGAAGAACUCCUACGGAUGAACGAUGGAUCUAUGCUGUCCUCCAGAACACAGUCAAGACAACAAUGGGAAGGUCAUAUGAAGUCUCACUUCCAUGAUGCUGUUUGCUUUGCAAUCCUUGUGGAACUGAUCCAGGAUGCACAUGCAUCAGUAGCAGGCUCCCUGGACCAUGUUGAGGUCCUCCAUUGGCUUUCAAGUGGUCCAGUACAGUCCAAGGCAAGGCUCUGCUGUUGA